AGUGCAUUCUUUCAGCAUGAAACCAGGGUGUAGAGAUCUAAGGUGGACCAGCUAUCAGCAGGAUAUCUUUCUUCUCUUGUAAAUCCUACACCCAACUUAGAGUUUUACAUUUAACAGCUAAAUCACGGUGUUUCCAUUUUGUUGGUGGUUUCUUUUUCCCCCACUCUUCAUUGUUAUGUUUCUGCUGCUGUAAUUUCACUGGAGAGCAUUUACAGAAGCAGAGAUACUGACUAAACGCAUCGAAAUGAAAAGAAACAGCGCGUACAGGUUUCUCUCCGUGUUUUCCUGUCUCGUCGUCGGCGCUUUCUUGUUCCUGUUCUGGUUUUUCGUCUUUUACUCCAUCAUGAACGCGCCGUGAAAAAGUGCUUUAUAUUAACGUUAAACACCUGGACUGCUAAGUCAGGCAGCUAGCCAGGUUUCUUGCUAACCAGUUUGAAAGGUCGGGCUAAAUUAAGUAGUGUUCGAGCGGAUAUUUGUCCUAAAUGUGCUUUGUCAAAAAAAAUCAAAUAAAUCAUAACGUUAUUUAAUUCGACAGGUAAUUCAACACUGGGCUCAUUUUAGGACGUUUUUAAUAGCUAACUAGCUAACCUUCCAUAGCUAACUAGCCAAAGCUAGCAACUAAGCUAGCUGAGUUGUACCAUGUUUUCUGUGAGUCUGUGUAAAUGAAAUAAGCGACCAGUCUUGUAUGAAGUAGCAUGCUAUUAGAUGCUGGCUGUGGGAAGGGAAAAAAAAAAACUUAAUUACAAUUAAAGCGCAAUUCUUACAAAUAUUCGGUAUGACGCAUGUCGCCACUGUGAGCUAGACUUCCUUCAACACUACACCGAGGCUGCGCGUGACUUCAGUCACGUGAUUCAAACAAGGAAGUCGAUUUCUGAGUUUUUAUCAAACAGAACUGUGCUUAAUGCUCAAAUGGCAGCUGAAUCUGUGGAAAAGGGCGCAGCUCUUCCCAAGUUGCAGUUUGCCCCUUUCUCUAGUGCCCUUGAGGCAGGAUUCUGGCAUCAGCUCACCCAGAAGAAACUCAAUGACUACCGGCUGGAUGAAAGUCCAAGAAGCAUCAAGGGUUAUUAUUAUAACGGUGACCCAUCUGGCCUGCCGACUCGUUUGACCCUGGAGUUCAGUGCAUUUGAGGUUGAUGGACCCACUCCAGCUUACUGCUGUGCUGCUAAGGGAACUCUGUACAACACCAACACGCUGGAAGCCUUUAAAUCCACCGACAAGAAAGCACUUCUAGAAAAAGCAGCUAAUGAGAUUUGGACAGCCAUACAGUCAGGUGCUGCAGUGGAAGACCCUUCAGUCCUGAGCAAAUUCAUCAUUUUGACAUUUGCGGAUCUGAAGAAAUACCAGUUUUAUUACUGGUUCUGCUUCCCUGCUCUCUGCUUCUUGGAAGGAAUUCAGCUUGUGACGGAUCCGGUGUUGUUAGAGCGGAAAUUCUCCCCUCGGCAGGUGUCUGCUUUUCAAGCAGCCUACGAUGAGUUAUGUUCAGCGAGUGGAGCCACAGCUGUGCCGUAUUUCCUUGUGAAGUACUCUGAGGAGAACGUUGAAGUGGCUCUGCUGAAAGACUGGGGUUCAUUCUUCACAGAUCUAAAGAAGGUAACCGUGGGUGUCUAUGACCCAUGCACGCUGCCUCAACAUCCUGGCUGGCCUCUUCGUAAUUUUCUGAUCCUCCUCGCCAGUAAAUGGAGUUCACAGCUGGACGUGCUUGAAAUUGUGUGCUUUAGAGACAGGACACUCCAGGGAUGUCGCUCAGUGCAGCACAGCCUUGUUUUUGAGGUCAAGCUUCCCAGUCUGUCCGUGUCUGCAGCUUGUCCAAAGAGUGUGGGCUGGGAGAAGAACCCCAAAGGAGCAAUGGGACCUAGAAGUGUCAAUCUCAGUGAAUGCAUGGACCCAAAAAGACUUGCAGAAUCAUCAGUCGAUCUUAAUCUGAAGUUGAUGCGCUGGCGGCUUGUCCCCUCUCUGGAUUUGGAUAAAGUUGUGUCCACGAAGUGUCUCUUGCUUGGAGCUGGUACACUGGGCUGCAAUGUAGCAAGGACACUCAUGGGUUGGGGAGUGAGACACAUCACAUUUGUGGACAAUGCAAAGGUCUCCUACUCGAACCCAGUGCGUCAGGCUCUCUAUGAGUUUGAGGACUGCCUGAGUGGAGGGAAAACUAAAGCCUUGGCUGCAGUGGAUAGAUUAAAGAAGAUCUUCCCCGGUGUGAAUACUGAAGGAUUCAACAUGAGCAUCCCCAUGCCUGGCCACCCUGUGAGUUUUUCUGAAGCGAUGAUUGCUCAGACGCAGAAAGACGUGGAACAGUUGGAGUCACUAAUCUCAGCACAUGACGUUAUCUUCCUGCUUAUGGACACACGGGAGAGUCGAUGGCUCCCCACAGUCAUCGCAGCUAGCCAGAGAAAGCUUGUAGUUAAUGCAGCUCUGGGGUUUGACACCUUUGUUGUAAUGAGGCAUGGCCUUAAGAAACCCAAAGACUCCGACGCUGAAGACUCCAGUGCAUCAUCAUCCUUGUGUGCAUCAGACUCCUCUUCAGCCUCGACUCCAGCGACACCAGGAAUGUCUCUGUUCUCCAACAUACCUGGCUAUCGACUGGGCUGUUACUUCUGCAAUGAUGUUGUUGCCCCUGGAGAUUCGACCAGGGACAGGACUCUGGAUCAGCAGUGUACGGUGAGCCGGCCUGGUUUGGCCAUGAUUGCCGGCGCGCUGGCUGUUGAGCUGAUGGUCUCCAUCCUGCAGCACCCAGAAGGAGGCUACGCGGUGGCGAGUAGCAGCGAUGAUCGCAUGAACGAACCGCCGACCUCACUUGGCCUCGUCCCACAUCAGAUUCGAGGCUUCCUCUCCAGAUUUGACAAUGUUCUUCCUGCCAGCUUGGCCUUUGAUAAAUGCACUGCCUGCUCACAAGUGGUCCUGGACCAUUACGAGCGUGAAGGAUUCCAGUUUUUGUCCAAGGUGUUCAACUCGUCUCACUCCUUCCUGGAGGAUUUGACGGGUCUGACCCUGCUGCAUCAGGAGACACAGGCUGCUGAGAUUUGGGACAUGAGUGAUGAUGAAAGUAUCUGAAGACCGAUCCGUAGACGGACGAAGCUGACGCAGGUCAUCACUGGACACCUUGGCCAGCCUGCAGGACAUUACCAAAACUUGGGUAUCACUCAGAUGGAGCUUAACAUUAUUAACAGACAUUCCUCGAUAAUGAAAUGAUGGUGGAUCCAGCACACUCUUAUUAACGAGGAAACGCAACAAUUCUGUUUACGUGAGUGAUUCCAAUACAGUCGUGUAGUCCACAACCAAAAUGUUUAACUUUACUGUUUGUUUACUCAAACGUCAAAAUCCUUGUCUGUCAUGAACAGCUAAUAACUAUAAUCUCUGUGGUGUCUCUCUAAACAAACUCCUUUUUAAUAAAAUAAAUCAUGAAAUAAAAAUUGUCCCAAAAAACAUC